AUGCAGCAAGACACUACACAUCAUGACGACGUCUUACCUCGGAAUGGAUCAAAUCCAUUGCGGCAGUUGAAGUUGUUUUUCACCAACAUCUACCUAGAGGAUCCAGAGACUGGCAUCUUGAUCUCAUUUGGUUCUUCCGUCUACGCCUUAUUCAAUAUCCAGUCCAGUCACAAUCCUCAACGAACUUUGUUCACCAUCGGAAUGUCUACCUAUCAAACAGUGGAGACUCAAUAUGUCGCCGUCGACAACACCCGAAUCGCUUACCGCCGGAUCGGGGUGAAGAGUCAGGUCCCUUUGCUUUAUAUCAACCAUCUUCGUGGUUCAAUGGACACUCUCGACCCUCUUCUCUUCAAUACGAUUGCGAAGUCAAGAGAAGUCAUCGUAUAUGACAGCUUUGGUAUCGGGCACAGUGAGGGCGAGGUGCCCUCUUCCACUGAAGUCAUGGCUUCAAUUGCAGCCAAGUUUCUCGCUACCCUUGGUGUUUCCAAGGCUGAUGUCAUUGGCUUUUCCAUGGGAGGUGGUGUGGCUCAGAUUCUGGCAUGGGACUAUCCUCAGCUGGUUCGAAAGUUGAUUCUGGCUGGGACUCAACCAGGUGUCGGAGAAGGAGUUGUCCUGCCACCCCGCGAGGUUCUAGAAAGUGCCGGAACAGCCAACGAUGAGCCACCUACCAAGGAGGACAUGUUCCAUCUUUUCUACCACCCGUCGGAAACGAGCGUCGCACUCGGUGAAGCAUGGUGGAAACGAAUCCAUGAGCGAAAGGUUGACGGCGAGGAGCGCAGAGAAUACCUGAUCGGACCUGGAGCAAGGGCCCAACUGAAUGCAAUCUUCUCGUUUACGGUUGAUACGGACAACUUUGAGCGCAUGAAGACUAUCAAAGCUCCCACUCUAGUCACCAACGGCCACACUGAUAUUAUGUCGCCAACUUCCAACAGUUUCACUCUUCAACAGAACUUGUCGGAUGCUCAGCUCAUAAUCUAUCCUGAUGCCGGUCAUGGUCAUCUAUUCCAGUCUGAUUUGUUCCAAGCCAUUCAAAGGCCAUCCAGGUAUGUUCAGCGUAUGGUCAAGAGCUCAAUCUAUUUGAAACUCGUCAAGAUGCAUCUGUCACCCUUCUUUCAGCUCAUUGUUGCCGCCUUGAUCACUCCUGGCAUGGCACUUCCAACUGAGGUUAAAGAAACUGGCCAAGCAGCAACCAGCCAUGCGCCCCCGACUGCCAUGGCAGACUCCAUUUCGGCAAAGGAGUUUGACGGGACUAUGACGACCGUAUCAACAUCAACAAGGUGUAUCCACGCGAGUUUGAGACCCUUUUGCCCUGCACUCUGCGGCAUUACCUCGAUUGCCGGGGAUGAUGUCUACUGGGAAUGCGUACCGACUACCUACCAUGAGGAAAUUUGGACCGGCAAUCUGGCAACCUUCUCAUUUCAAAGGGAUCCGCGUCGAAACCUGGAUACAUCAACAGACCCAUAUCAUUAUGAGUGCGGUAUAGACAUACUGUCCUUACCCAGACAGUCAUCAGACAAGGCCAAGGAUUCAGAUGAGACUCUCGGCACCAACUCGACCAUAUCAUCAAGUCGCCAGAACAUUUGCCAUAAAUAG